CUGUGGCUGCCAGCGUGCUGUUCCCUCCUGUGAAGCACAGAGGAAGGAGGGACACCGACCAGGAGGCCCCGAUGGAGAGCCGGCCUCUGCGGUUGUGGGCCCAGCCGGGACCCCCCGUGUUCCCCCGGCUCCUGGGUUUGCUCCUGUUCCCCUGGACCCUGCCGCUCGCAGGAGGGCAGUCGGUGAUCCACACUGGCCCCCCCAUUGUGGUCUCUCUGGCCAACACGGCUGUUUCCUUCAGCUGCAGAAUCACCUACCCGUACGCCCCACAAUUCAAGGACGUCAGAGUCAGCUACUUUUAUGUGGACCUGCAGGGCCAGAGCAGCUCUGAGGAGCAGACUGGCUGCUGGCUCAGCCCAGGCAAGGAGAACCAGACGUCCACCACGAAGUGCCAGGUCACCCCCAAGCUGCCCAACGCCUCAGCCACCGGCACCUACUACUGCUCCAUCCUCUGGGCGGGCUCCAGGGUGAGCGGCACCGGAACCUUCAUCCUGGUCAGAGACACAGGGUACCAGGAGCCCCCACAGGACCCCCAGAAGCUCCUGCUCUUUUGCUUCACCGGCCUCCUGACUGUGCUGAGCAUCGUCGGCACGGCUCUACUGCUCUGGAAGAAGAAACAGAUGCAGGCUCGGCGGAAGCACCCCGCCAAGAAGUGCCCGGCUCCCAGCGCUGCCAGCAGCCGGGAGCAGCCUGCGCCUGAAUCCGUCUACACGGCCCUGCAGCGCCGAGAGACCGAGGUCUACUCCUGCAUCGAGAGUGAGGCCAGCAGCCCACCUUCCACCCAGAGGCUCCUCUCCCAGGAGAAACUGCACGGAUUUAAGGAUGACAGUGAAUUUAACAUGGUCUAUGAAAAUCUCUAGGACGAGCUCCCCCUGCCCACAUCAGAGGCCCCAGGGGCAGCCACCCUCCUACAGAGGACUUGCUCUGUACCAGGAGUGAGGCCCCAGGGGCACCCCAUCACCUCAUCCCCACAUUCAAGGCCCUCCCUGCCUUGGCCUGCCUCCACCUCCCCUUCUGCUCCCCAGCCAUCCCCACUGAGUGUUCCACAUCUCCAGGCCUUUGCCCAAGCUGUUCCCUCUGCCUGGCAGGCCCUUCCUCAGUCUUCAAGGGCUCUCUUGGACACCACCCAUUCCCCACCAUACAUCCUCACCGUCUCGAGACCUGAAGGCUCUGUUCACGCCAGCCUGCACCACAGCCUGCAAGGCCGACUGUGGGCUCCUGGGGAGGGACCUGGCCAGGGACACUUGUCAGAGCUGUGUGCAGAGCGUGGUGGGCUGGGUGAAUAAAGGAUCAACCAUGCAGACGCCCCCACCUCCCUGCCUGCUGCCCAGCUAGGCCAAAGGCACGAGGCAGCCACACGGGGUGGGAGCAGGGGGCUGGUGUGGGAAGCGUGAGAUGUGGGUAAGAACGAACCACAGAGGCUGCACUGGCCUCAGGGACGGAGCUGGAGGCCAAGGAGGUGGCCGAGUGCUGGGUAGGCAUGGAGCAGGGAGGGUCCAGCACAGGCUGGUGAGGAAGGGGAUCCGGGCGUGUUUUGAGCUGGGAGGGGAGGUGCCGGCUCACCAGGAGCCGAGCAGCCUGAAGCUCUCCACCCCCAACAAGAACCCCAAUGUUGUCUCUCCUCGACCUGGCCCCCCACACUCCCUGAGCCAGUUGCUUUGCCCCCCUGAGCCUCACACCUUCUCCCCCUCAGGGCCUCAGCGCCCCCUCCUUCCACCCCAAAGCCCAGUCCGCCAAAGGCCCCUGUGUCUGGCCCAUCCUGAACCCUGCCACUUCCUCGGUCUUUAUCUGUUUUUUGCCCACUCCAGCCCGCUAUGGGGUGCAGGCCAGACCAGCCACCUCCCUCCUUGCCCGGGCUAGUCCCUGCUGCCUCGAGGCCACCGCUCUCUCCAUUGUGGUCUGGCUGCGUGGCUUUUCGGACAGAGGGGUCCCUUCAUGUUGCAGAAGCUCAGGCCCCUGUGGACGGUGGCUCCUCAGUGCCUGGCCCUGACCCAUUCCUGCUGCUCCACGUGCUCACAUUACCCCUCAUGUCACCCUGGCAGCAGCCCGCAGUGAAAGGGGAAGCCAUUCCACAGGCAGAUGAGGGCCACCGUCCAGAUCCCCCAGGCUGUCGGCUCUCCCCAGUCCCUCCCUCAGCUUUCCACUGUUUUCUCAUUCGUAAUAUGGGCAGGCCAAUCCUCCCUCCCCACCUCCCAGGCUGCCCCAGAGGUCCCAGAGGCGCACCCUCGCACACAAAUCCCACAUGUAUUGGGUUGGGGGAGGGGGGACCCUGACCCUGGCCCCUAAGCAGCACUGGGCUGCCGGGUCUGGGAAGCACCUUCCACACUGCAGCUCAGGCCCCUCCACAGGGAAAGGAAGGCUGGGGUGGAGGGUGGACAUAGAUUUACGUCUGGAAGAAGUCCCCGGCCCCUCUGCUAGGGUGGUGCUGGGCCUCGUUGAGCCGCCAGGACAGUCCACAGCCUCCCAUCUCCGUCCUGGGUCCGGCC